UCUGAGUCGCACGCGCAUGCAAUCCAAAACAAGCUCGUCGCGGCACAAGAGCGGAAACUUUAUCUCACGCGACGCUGCGAUAUCGCGUCCUGCGAACUGUUUGACCAUGUCUGCUCAGGUCGAGGAGACAGCCCCAGCUCCGGCCCCGGCCCCUGCUCCAGCAGCACCGGCCACCAAGAAGAAGGCAACCCCCAGUAAAUUCAAGGCAGCUGCAAAGAGCGCCUCUCCGGAUGGCAAAAAGAAGAAAAAGAAGAAGAGCAAGGGGCCCGGAAAGUACAGCCAGCUGGUGAUCGAAGCCAUCCGGACCUUGGGGGAGAAAAACGGCUCGUCCCUGUUCAAGAUCUACAACGAGGCGAAGAAAGUGACCUGGUUUGACCAGCAGAACGGCAGGAUGUACCUCAGAUACUCGAUCCGCGCGCUGCUGUUCAACGACACGCUCGUGCAGGUGAAGGGGCUCGGCGCUAACGGCUCCUUCAAACUCAACAAGAAGAAAUUCGAGACCAAAAGCAAGAAGAGAUCCGCCAAGCCCGCCAAGGCACCGAAACCGACUAAGAAACCGGCCAAAAAGGCGGCGGAGAAGAAGAAGAAAAGCGUGAAGACAGCUAAGAAGACGACCCCCGCCGCGAAGAAAGCCGCCAAGCCGAAGAAAGCCCCCAAAAAGCCAGCAGUGUCUGUGAAGAAGGGAACCAAGGCUAAGACGGCUAAGCCCAAAAAAUAGACUCUUUUAAAAGCUUUCUUUCCUGAAUGUAUCAGCCUAAAGUGAAGGAUGUAAUGACGCUGACUUGUUUAAGGUGGGCCUGAAAGGCUGAUGUGUAAAUAGACGAUGACAUAAGAGGACAUACUAGAGUUUAUUGAGCAGGAAGAAGUGACGUUUUGUUAAACUGUUGUAAGUCUUAUUUUCCUUUUUGUUGUCUGGAUUUGUUGCUGUAAAUUUGAAUAACUGUUAUACAGACACGCCCACUUGGGGUUGCAGUCUUCUGGAUUUCAGUUGCAGAUAUGCUCUUUUGGUAUCUUGUUGCAAAGCAAUUGAGUUGACUUUUUAUGAAAUGUUUCAAAAUAAAAGCUUAAAUAAAAAGA